CAUGCUCCGGGACCAGAAGGGCCGAAACUCCCGGGCUCCUGCGCUUGCGCCAGUUGUCCAGGAUGGGCUGGCGGCGGAUCUGGGUUCCCUAGCUGGUCUUGCGGACUGCGGGCCAUGGUGGGUCAUAUUGAACCCGGCCCGGCCAGGGCGCCGAGCAGGAGAGCGUGGCAGUGAGCGGUGGCGAAAGCUGCAGAGCUCGAUUUCGCUGAUUGGGCAGCCGGCAGGAGUCAUGCGGGGCCAGCGGAGCCUGCUGCUGGGCCCAGCCCGCCUCUGCCUGCGCCUGCUUCUGCUCCUGGGCUACAGGCGCCGCUGUCCACCUCUGCUCCGGGGCCUGGUACAGCACUGGCGCUAUGGCAAGGUCUGCCUGCGCUCCCUGCUCUACAACUCCUUUGGGGGCAGUGACACCGCUGUUGAUGCUGCCUUUGAGCCUGUCUACUGGCUGGUGGACAACGUGAUCCGCUGGUUUGGGGUGGUGUUCGUGGUGCUAGUGAUCGUGCUGACCAGCUCCAUUGUGGCCAUCGCCUACCUAUGUGUCCUCCCCCUCAUCCUCCAAACCUACUCAGUGCCACGACUCUGCUGGCAUUUCUGCUAUAGUCACUGGAAUCUGGUCCUCAUCGUCUUCCAUUACUACCAGGCUAUCACCACUCCACCUGGAUACCCACCCCAGGGUAGGAAUGAUAUCGCAACUGUCUCCAUCUGUAAAAAGUGCAUUUACCCCAAGCCAGCCCGAACACACCACUGCAGCAUCUGCAAUAGGUGUGUGCUGAAGAUGGAUCAUCACUGCCCCUGGCUGAACAACUGUGUGGGCCACUUCAACCACCGGUACUUCUUCUCUUUCUGCUUUUUCAUGACUCUGGGCUGUGUCUACUGCAGCUACGGAAGCUGGGACCUUUUCCGAGAGGCUUAUGCUGCCAUUGAGAAAAUGAAACAGCUGGACAAGAACAAACUACAGGCUGGUGCCAACCAGACUUACCACCAGACCCCACCACCUACCUUCUCCUUUCGAGAAAGGGUAACUCAUAAGAGUCUUGUCUACCUCUGGUUCCUGUGCAGUUCUGUGGCACUUGCCCUGGGUGCCCUAACUGUAUGGCAUGCUGUUCUCAUCAGUCGAGGUGAGACUAGCAUCGAAAGGCACAUCAACAGAGAGAGAUGUCGGCUGCAGGCCAAGGGCAGAGUAUUUAGAAAUCCAUACAACUAUGGCUGCUUGGACAACUGGAAGGUAUUCCUGGGUGUGGACACAGGAAGGCAUUGGCUUACACGGGUGCUGUUACCUUCCAGUCACCUGCCCCAUGGGAAUGGAAUGAGUUGGGACCCCCCUCCCUGGGUGACUGCUCACUCCACCUCUGUGAUGGCAGUUUGAAUUUAGUUGUGUCAGCCUCGAACAUUCAUUCUGUUUCCUACACUGUCUUAAGAGCUUCCAAGGGCAGCCUUUCUUGGGAUCCUUGAGCUAAAAGAGACAUGGGACCUGCUUUAGGAUACCAUGCUGGGACAACUCAAGAACUAUCCUUCUGGCUACUACAGAAGCAAGGAAUGAUGUGUGGACAUCCUAGGACUGUCGUCCCUUUACUCAGGCAAACAGCAGUUCCAGCCUCAGGUGGGGUGUCAGGUAGCUAGUGACCCUGCCCAGUGCUGACCCUGACAUUCUCCAGGUUACAGCACGGGUUAGCCACCCCCUUUUCUACUUGCUGUCUGAGAAAGCACCCGAAUGGUUCAGCUGAGAUCCUGGCUUCUCAACAGCGCAAAGAUUCUAGGCCUGCUGCUGAGGUCACUGCCACUUCUCACAUGCUGCUAAAUGGAGCAAAAAUAAAGGUAUUGGAUUUUUAAAGGAA